AUGCAGAAAGCCCUUGUUGCAGAAGUGGGAGCUACCACCCUACAUGAAUUCGCAAAGAAAUGCAUGCUUGUGGACCAAAACCUACAGAGAAUUCAAGAAAAGGAGAAGAGAAUGAAGCCACAGCCGUUCGCCUACCAGAAGCAGAGUGGCCAGAGCCCUACUGCUAGUACUGCUGUUGAAAUAGUGGCACCACAGAAGAAGCUCUACCGCUCUCCCCACCAAGAUCCUGAGAAAGAAUCGCUCAUGAAGCUUGGCAAAUGCUUCCAUUGCCACGAAAGCGGCCAUCGUGCUCAUGACUGCCCUCAGAAACAGAAAGGCAGACUCAAUGAGAUCUCUGAUACUGAGGAUCCUACCCAGUAUGAGUCGGGAAAAGAAUAG